UGUAGUGAUAGUUUCCAUGGUUACGGCUUGCAACAAUAAGAUGAAAUAAUUGUGUACUUGUCAAAGUGUGUCGCGAAGUCCCGUUACUUAAUAUACUGGUUUCUUAGCGGCGCACAGCUGAAGAGUCACGCGAAUAAAAUGGACUGGACUAACGAUCUCGAAAUCACUUCCAAAAAGUUGAUACCUCGCCUAGGCAGGCGCGCAGGUCAGAGCAACUUGCAAGAAGAGAACAGAUCUGACGACGAUCCUCUGGAGAGUCCAAUUUCCUUAUCAUCUGGAAAGUCUAUACCUGCACAAAGACCAGUAGCACCACCUCGUUUGAGGAAAACCGGCUGGGGCGAUGAAUUAAAAAGUGGCAAAUCAAGGAUGACAUCAAAUAUUAUUGAACAGGAACGUUUUCGAAUAGCUGAAAAGGAGGAGCAAGAAGAUGAUAUUCCUGUCAUACCAGAUUUAGAUGAGAUUCAGGAAGAUUAUAUUUCAUCUGAGAUUGCAAGUGCUCCAACAAUCAACGCAAAUAGAGUGACUGCAUACGAGGAAUUGGAUACUGAUCUGGUGAAAAAUGCGGCAUUUACAUCAUUAGAUGGUGUCAGCCUUUCUCUCCUUGCAGAAAAACUCUAUAAUGAAAAUUUAGUGAAAGAACCAGACGAAGUUUGGAAUUGGAAUCUUCUUUUCACGCAAAUUUCUUCUGAGAUUAAUAGCGAGACGCAGAAAAAAAUUGAAACUUAAAGCUUUAAUAUAAAACUGUAGAAAUUUG